GCCGUUUCUGGGAUCCAGGCUGAAGGGACAGGAAAUUUCACCAUUCCGUGUUGGACUCGGGGAAUGGCGUGUUCCGGGACUGGUAGAGGAGGACCGGGCCGGGUACUGGGGACCUGAAACCUCCCGGAGCCGCAGUCUCCGCGCGGGCGGCCUGGGAAAGUCACAGUCACAGCGCAGUGGCGGGAACCGCAGCCCGGCGGCCCUGGAACCUCCCAGGUCAGAGGAGCUGCGGGGCUGGGACGCGGGAGGGAAGGACGGGGUGCCCGCGGAGGUGCCCAGAAGACACAGCUUCCAAAAUUCUGUUGUGGAUAUCGUUCCGUUGUCGGUGCUUUCUGAAGAAUCGCUUUCCCAUAUGCAAGUCUCACAUUGCUCAGCUGUGAAUCAGAACAAAGAGCCCUGGAUGGUGAAGAGAGAGGAGACAGUAGCAAAGGAUCCAGGUCUCACGUUGCUCAGUCUGUCCUGUCCCCGCAUGAAGCAGAACAAAGAGCCACAGAUGGGAGAGACAUUAGCAAAGGAUCCAGCAAGAAUUCUAGUUUUUGGUCCAGAGAUAGAAACUCAGAGAAGAGCAACAAGAAGAAUGAAUGCUUCUUCGGGAAAUGCUUCUCAGGUUACCUAUCUGAGAUUGACCCAGGGGUCCUAUUUGAUUCUGACAUACUUCAUAAAGAGUCUGUUAACAUUCAGAGAUGUGGCUGUGGAUCUCUCUCAGGAAGAAUGGGAAUGUCUAGAUUGUGCUCAGAGGGCAUUGUACAUGGAUGUAAUGUUGGAGAAUUACAACAAUCUAGUCUUUGUAGGUGAAAAUCAAAGAGUCCAGAAAGAACGCAAAAAUACAGAGCUUGAUAAAUCUUUUGACUCUCAACAUAAACUCACACUGAAACGAAUCAAAAGUAGAAAGAGACCACACCAAAGCUGGAAAUGUGGAAACUGCUUCAAGACAGACUCAAACCUUAGUAGAUAUUGGAGAGCUCAUAGUAGACAGAAACCUUUCAAAUGUACAAAAUGUAGUAAAUCCUUUACACAUUUGUCACAAUUCAAAGUACAUUGCGAGUUCAAUUGUGGAGAAAAAUCCUUCGAAUGUACAGACUGUGCUAAGUGCUUUUACCAGACAUCAGAAUUUAAAAGACAUUGCAGAAUACAUUCUGGAGAGAAUACUUACAAUUAUAGUGAAUGUGACAAAUCCUUUAUCAGCACAUCAUCUCUUAGAAUGCAUCAGAAAAUUUGUCCUGGAGAGAAACCUUAUGGAUGUGGUGAAUGUGAUACAUCCUGUAUCCAGAAAUUGAAUCUUGGAUCUCAUCAGAGAAACCAUACAAGAAAGACACCUUACAAAUGCAGUGAAUGUAAUAAAUCCUUUACUGAUAGAGGUGGUCUUAAUACUCAUCUGAGAAUGCAUACAGGAGAGAAGCCUUACAAAUGUAUUGAAUGUGACAAAUCCUUUACCACUUCCUCACAUCUUAGAACUCAUCAGAGAAUUCAUACAGGGGAGAAACCUUACAAAUGCAGUGAAUGUGAGAAAUCCUUUAUCAGUUCCUCAGAUCUUAGAAAACAUCAGAUAAUUCAUACAGGAGAGACACCUUACAAAUGCAGUGAAUGUGAUAAAUCCUUUAAUCACAGAGGCACUCUCACUUCUCAUCAGAGAAUGCACACAGGAGAGAAACCUUACAAAUGUAUUGGAUGUGACAAAUCUUUUACCACUGCCUCACAAUUCAGAAGUCAUAAGAGAAGUCAUACAGGAGAGAAACCUUACAAAUGUAGUGAAUGUGAGAAAUCCUUUACCUGUGGCUCAUACCUUAGAUUGCAUCAGAUAAUUCAUACAGGAGAGACACCUUAUAAAUGCAGUGAAUGUGAUAAAUCCUUUACCCAAAAAAGCACUCUUAGAACUCAUCAGAGAAUUCAUACAGGAGAGAAACCUUACAAAUGUGGUGAAUGUAUGAAAUCCUUUGUCAGUUGCUCUGAGCUUAGAAGACAUCAGAGAUUCCAUAAAGGAGACAAACCUUACAAAUGUACUGAAUGUGACAAAUCCUUUACUCUAAAAAACAGUCUUAGAACUCAUCAGAGAAUUCAUACAGGAGAGAAACCUUACAAAUGCACUGAGUGUAAUAAAUCCUUUUCUCAAACUGGCAGACUUAUUAUUCAUCAGAGAAUACAUUCAGGAGAGAAACCUUACAAAUGUAGUGAAUGUGUCAAAUUCUUUAUCAGUUGCUCAGAGCUUAAAAUUCAUCAGAGAAUUCAUACAGGAGACAAACCUCACAAAUGUACUGAAUGUGACAAAUCCUUUACUCGGAAAGACCAUCUUAGAACUCAUCAGAGAAUUCAUACAGGAGAAACACCUUACAAAUGCACUGAGUGUGAUAAAUCCUUUUCUCAUAGUGGCAGUCUUAUUACUCAUCAGAGAAUACAUACUGGAGAGAAACCUUACAAAUGUAUUAUGUGUGAUAAAUCAUUUACCACCGCCUCACAUCUUAGAACUCAUCAGAGAAUUCAUACUGGAGAGAAACCUUACAAAUGUGGUGAAUGUGUCAAAUCCUUUGUCAGUUGCUCCGAGCUUAGAACACAUUGGAGAAUUCAUACAGGAGAGAAACCUUACAAGUGUGGUGAAUGUGACAAAUCCUUUAUUACUAGCUCUGCUCUUAGAAAACAUCAGAGGAUUCAUACAAGAGAGAAACUUUACAAAUGCAGUGAAUAUGAGAAGUCCUUUACCACAAUAGCCAAUCAGAGAAUUCAUACGGAAGAAAAACUUUUGAAAUGUAUUGACUGUGACAAAUUUUUUACCACUGCUUCACAUCUUAGAAUUCAUCAGAGAAUUCAUGCAGGAGAGAAACCUUACAAAUACAGUGAAUGUGACGAAUCCUUUAUUGAUGGAGGCAACCUUAGAACUCAUCAGAAAUAUCACACAGGAGAGAAACCUUAAAAAUGUAGGGAAUGUGGCAAGUUCUUUACCACUGCUACACAUCUCAUUAUUCAUUAUAGAAUUCAUGCAGGAGAGAAACCUUACAAAUGCUGUGAAGGUUACAAAUCAUUUAUCCUAAAGGGCCAUUAUAGAAUUUAUCAGAGAAUUCAUACAGCAAAGAACCCUUACAAAUCUAAUGAAUGUGACAAAUCCUUUAGCAAGAAAGGCCAUCUUAGACGUCAGUAGAGAAUCCAUACAGGAGAGAAACCUUACCAAUUUAGUGAAUGUGACAGAUCUUUUAUCAGUUGCUCAGAUCAUAGAAAACACCAGAGAAUCCAUACAGGAGAGAAAACUCCACAUAUGUAUUGGAUGUGAAAAACCCUUUAUCAGUGCCUAUAUCUCCUUGAGGACAAUAGAGUAUUCAUACACCAGAGAAACCUUACCAAUAUAUUAAAUGCUAGAAAUCUUAGUCACAAAAUAAGACUGAGAACACAUCAAAGUAUUUAUACAGGAGAAAAUUUACCAUGUACUAUGUAUGUGAGGAAAAGCCUUUGUUGACUAUCAAUAUAAGAAAGUUAUAAAAGCUUUUCAAUAAUGUUCAAAUCUUAGAAUACAUCUGGAAUUUAUACUGAGGGAAAUUCUAAACAUGUUGCAAUGUAGGAAAUUUUCAUUAGAACUUUUUAUAUUCAUGCAACCUUAAGUUCUUCAUAAUGAAGAUAAAAAAUCGAAACCUGGAGAAUGUACUGUUGUAUAGCAUUUUCCUGAAGACUUAAGGUAUGUGUCUUAUACAGGAACUAAGUCAGAAAAUGUACACCUCAAUAGCAUUUUCCUGAAGACUUAAGGUAUGUGUCUUGUACAGGAUCUAAGUCAGAAAAUGUACACCUCAAAAAAAUCUUGAAGAAAUCCUUGAAACUGAUGGGAUUCCAAGAUAGGAUACUCUUUAACUAGUAGAUAUGCCUACAAAUGUGCAGGGUCCUCCCAAUAUUCUGUAUUUAUAUGUUGUUUCCCAUGCUUGUUUAGAAUUUCAUGAUAACAACUGUCUUUGAGUCCUGCGUGCUCCAGUAAGCAACUACUUCCUGCUGCUCCUUGUACCAACCCGAAUAAAGCUUUUUGGUUCAACAG